AUGGAGUAUAAAGAUUUUUACAAAACCAAGUCGCUAGGAAGAAGCGAGCAAUUGAAAAAGAAAGUGAGUUUACAGCAUAAAAUAAAACGAGAAAAAUCUCGUCGCGAAGUUCAACAAACGUUCCGAAAUAUGAGUACAUCUGACGACGAAAAUACCGCACCAGAUGUGUUUCUCGGUACGGCCAACGACAGAAUAGAAUCGACCAACAGCAUGUUAGAUCAGCAAUAUCUCGUGCGGCUGAAAAGACUGCAACAAUUCAAAGAAAACAGACGCCACCAAAAGGAGGAAAAAUCCAUACAAAAGAAACCGUUUACCCUUUUUGUUAAUAAACAUGGCGUCACAAAGCAAGAGGAAAAACGUCCUGCAUUGGAUGUUGUGACCAAUAAAACAUCACCCCUUCAGGAGAAACAGAGCUCUAAAACACCCGUUUCUACGACCAAAUAUGUUAAACCUCGGGUCGAUUGCUGGUGGUCAAAACAAGAUGCACAAAAAGUGUCCAAAGCUCUGCCGAAGAAGCUGUUGUCGGCGAAAAAACCCGAUAUUCCGCCUAAGGUAGCAAAAACUCAAAGCGAAAAUAAGCCACCCAUGUCAUCAAAAUCUUCUAAGAACGCGAGGCACGCUGCGGCUCAAGCUACGCGCCCGCAAGUACAAAAGAAGGAUCAAUUUACGUUCACAUUAAAACCACCACCGGAUGUGGCAAACAGCGGAUCAAUUUUUACGUCCACUGUUCGCAAAAUAAAAAAAUCUCUAGCGUUCAGCUACGACCACCCAACCGUAGCCAAGCCGCAGAAAUCGCUCACCGUUGUCGACCCCGACGAGUUGUUUGAUGGCAUUAGUCCAAUCGAAGUUGAAUCGUCACCUUUGAAACCUCCAACUUCUGGACCGGUUAAGGACACGCCGAUAGAAGAUAGUAUCUGGGAGCCGCAACCUGUGGCGUCUUUAUCUGCUUACGACAUCACCAGCAUCGAGAAUGAUAACGUUGUAAAGGAGGAUCAGAACACAAAUGUGGUACUUAAUGAGUACCGACCGGUAACCGAUCAUGCAAUACCUAAAAGUUGCAUCGUAGAGGAGGCUAUUAUUGAUCUUUGUUCGCCGAACAUUGCUGAAGACCUUCCGGUUCUUAGUGUGUCAGAGAAAAAGGUUGACCGGUCUAGUGGCCUUUUGCAUUCCAAUAUUAUCAGCACGACACCUCAAACCGCGGAAAAUAAUCACAUGAAAAAACAAUCGAUCGUUUGUUCCAUCAAAUCGUUAAAAGCGCAACGAUCGUCCAGAUCGAGUCCGAAAGCUUCUCCAUUAGCUUUUAUAGAAGAACCAAUAGGAACUGACAGUAUCGUUCCAAGCAAAGCAAAUUUAUCAUACGCCGAGAAGAUACGGAAAUCACUUGAUGGUAAAAAAUCUAUUGCUGAGCCAAACGCGUCGCUUAGACGUCGAAGUUCAGUGUGCCAGUAUGAGCCAUUUGUGCUCAUAGAAAAAUGCCAAGUGCCUCUUGCGCCUCCAAAAGAGGUCGAGGAAAAGACGCGGUAUUACUAUAACAAGGUAGACAUGGAAGUGAACCGCUUGCAGGCUUUGUGCGAUGAAUACGCUCCUUAUCUCGAGGCGGAGGUGCCUCUAAACGAUCACUGCAAGGGACUCAUCAUUGCGGCACAGGGCCAAACUAAUAUACUAAUCAACAAAAAACUUUCAAAAUUUCGCGAGCUCAUUGGGCAUUACAAGAACAAGUGGAACGAUCAGAAGGUACGGCAUGACGAUUUGGACGGCUUUUGGUUGAUGUUGUCGCUGGAUCUCGAGAAUUUGGACAAACGUUUCAAUGAGAUACGUGUGCUAAAAGAGAACAAUUGGGAGGAGAUCAUACCAGAGCCGCAGCCCAAGGUGAAAAAGUUGCAGAACGGAGCGGGAAUACGCAAACGAGAGAAAAUCCCGGCCAAUGGGAAGAAACCGUCAUCCUCCGUGAUUGCCGACCUGAUCAAAAAGGCACGACAGGAUAAGAAGAAACAAAUGGCGAAUCUCGAGGAGCUGGAUGCAUUAAAAGACACAGCCACGAUUUUAACUACCCCCGUUAAACAAUCGGUAUGCUUUGGGAAAUCGAUGGAACGUAAAGUCCACGAGAACCAGCUUUUGUCUAACACGGGAUUUACACCGAUUACUGUUUUCUGGGCACAAGAAAACAUUCCCACCAUCUCCAAUCGCCAGACUAUUUUCCCUGAUAUCACGUCGUGUGCAAACGAACAGGUAAAGUCGAUAUUGAAGACACCGAAAGGAAACGCUUCCCAGCGCCCAAAAAGUGUGCUGUUUUUGGAUUCUGGUCUCGAAACGCCACAAACGCCACGGCGGCAAAGCAAACGUUUAUUCGCGGCUACCCCGAAACCGAAGAUCAAAUUCAAUGAUGAGCUUGAGAUUGAACACAUCGAUACUCUGGCCGCCAGAACACCUUCCCGUUUGGAAGAUGAAAUACGCAAACGACGCCAGCAUUCCCUGAUGGGGUCUGCUUCUACGAAACAUGCACGAUUUGAGGAUGAUGAGGAUAUGCACGCGAGCGCUCGCAGGAUAUAUCCCAAAGGAACACCUCGACAGCGGAACAGUGCCGUUAAGCGAAAGAGUCGUCGUUUAUCGCGUACGCUUUCAGCACUCUUCGAUUCAGAACAAGACGGUACGAAGCGUAUAACACGGUCAUCGGCCAGUACGCACCACAAGGAACCCGAUUCUCCAUGA